CUUUCAGAGGCACCGACCAUCAGUAUCCCCAGAAAUAUAAGUAAUGAUAAUAAUAAUAAAUCUUUCAGAGGCACCGACCAUCAGUAUCCCCAGAAAUAUAAGUAAUAAUAAUAACAAUAAAUAUUUCAGAGGCACCGACCAUCAGUAUCCCCAGAAAUAUAAGUAAUGAUAAUAAUAAUAAAUCUUUCAGAGGCACCGACCAUUAGUAUCCCUAGAAAGAACUUGUUAGUGGCCACGGGAGAUAUGGCAGAGUUAAAAUGUGUGGUGACGGGAGUGCCCCAUCCUAGAGUCUCAUGGUACCAUGGUCCGACACAGAUUUUGCCCCUGUCAUACAUACAGAUUUCAAAUGACGGAACGCUAACAAUUCUUGGCAGCGAAGACUCAGACGCUGGAGAGUAUACCUGUGUGGCAAAGAACGAAGCAGGAACAACUCAAGAUGCUGUAACUCUUGAUGUCGGAUCCCCUCCUCUUAUUGUUCAGCCACCAAUUGAUACAAAUAUUGACAUAGAAAAAAAUGGUAGUAUCUCUUGUGUUGCUACUGGUCAUCCGAAGCCAGAGACAAGAUGGAGGAAAAAAGGAGGUGCUAGUCUGACAGAUGAUUCAAAGUUUACUAUAACGCCGGUCGGGAAUCUUCUCAUACAUCAUGUUGGCUUAGAAGAUGAAGGAACAUAUGUUUGCACAGUAGAAAAUAGACUAGGAGUGGAAGAAAGAGAGGCAGACUUGCAUGUCACUGGCAUUGUUCCCCCAAGAAUAGUCCAUGGUGAUACUAGUGACUAUGUGGUUGUCGAAGGGGAUCCUGUUGUACUUCCAUGCAAUGUACAGGGGGACCCCCGACCUAUAAUCACCUGGCAGACGAAUGGCAUCCCUAUCCUCCCAUCUCACCCCCACUACCAUAUCAGUGUUGAUGACAAUUUGCACAUUCUGGAAACUGUGGAACAGGACACUGGAACCUAUGUGUGUACGGCAGCUAACCUUGCUGGUGUAACCAACAAAGUAACUUCUCUGCUUGUGCAGGUGCCACCAAGAAUUUAUCCAUCCAGAGAACUUUUUGAAGUUAUUGAGGGAGAUCGUGUUGUGUUGCCGUGUAAGGUGCGAGCUGUUCCACCUGCUCAGAUUCGAUGGAAACAAAGUGGUUCAUUUUGGCAGCCCAACAGAUUGGACUUUGCCCAGCUGAACAAUGGGAGUCUACAGUUUGUAGCACAAGUAACUGAUGCUGGAGAAUAUUUCUGUGAAGCAAGCAAUGUAGUAGGCAAAGAUACCAGGAAGAUGGUUCUGAGUGUUUUAGUUCCACCGUCAAUUGUGCCACUACCGUUUUCCAACCUUACUUCUCUCGUAAACCAAACCGUCUCUCUUCCUUGCCUAACUUCUGGAUAUCCAAAACCUAUCAUCCAUUGGCAAAAGAAUGGAAUAAAUGUGACCACAGACGAUGGGAAGUUGAGCAUCAACUCUGAAGGUGUACUUCUUGUUAACAGGGCACAACUACAUCAUGCUGGUUUGUACACUUGCAUAGCUGAGAAUCCUGCUGGAAAGGCUAACCAGAAAGUGUACCUGUCAGUAUUUGGUAGGUUGUCAGUUAUUGAUAGUCUUAAGAAUCCUGCUAUAAAGUCUAAUCAGAAG